AUGGCCUCCCUCGCCUUCCCCUCGCUCGCCAAAAAGGCAACGUUGUCUGACGGCACGACAUACGGCUACGUAGCCGUCCCGGCAUCUACUGCGUCCAAGACGACCUUUCUUUUGCUCCAUGGAUACCCUUCGUCAUCUCACGAUUGGCGUCACCAGAUUGCCUUUCUGCAGAAAGCAGGAUACGGAGUCAUUGUACCAGACCUACUGGGAUAUGGUGACACUGACAAGCCCACGGACCUGACCGCUUAUCGCAUGAAGACUAUGUGUGCCCACAUGGCUGAAAUUCUUGACCUAGAGAAUGUGAGCCGCGCCGUGGCUGUGGCCCACGACUGGGGAGUUGGUUUGGUUUCGCGGCUCGCUACAUACCAACGUCACCGCUUCUAUGGCAUCGUAACAGUCGCCGUUACCUAUGUGGAGCCGGGACUUGUAUGGGAUAUCGAUGCAAUCUGUGAAUUAACCAAAAGCAUUGUUGGUUAUGAAACAUACGGCUACUGGAAAUGGCACAACACCGAAGAAGCUGCCGUGGACAAUAAUGAGCAUCCGGCCUCUGCGUUCAAUCUCGUGUAUCCGCAUGAUCCGCUGUUAUGGAAGUCAGACUUUGCCCCAGUUGGAAAGGCCGCAGAAUUCGUUCGCGCUGGCAGAACAACAGCCCUCCCAUCAUGGUACUCCCUUGCUGAUUACACCUUACGCGAUCGAAUUUUUGCCAAAGGUGGUUAUGCUGGACCUCUUUCCUGGUACAAAUCUGCCAUGCGCGGGGUGAAUACCGAGGACGAGGCUGCCGUGCCGGAAUCAGACAUCCCGUGUCCGUUACCCAAUUUAUUCAUUGCGGCUCAACAGGAUUAUGUCUGCAGGGCCGAUCUGCAAAGUGCACAGGCAAAAAAGUGGGUCCCGGAUCUAAGAAUUAAAACAAUUGAUUGUGGUCAUUGGGUUCAGCUCGAGGAGCCGGACUUGCUCAGCAACUUGAUCGUGGAGUUUGCGGAAGAGGUAGCUGGCAAUAACUAG